AUGUCUGAAGAGAACAAGAGUACCGAGAGCGUUCCUAAGCCUCCAACCGCCUCCGUUUUUUCCAUGUUCGGUGGUAAGAAGCCAGAAGUGAAGAAGGAAGAAUCAGAAACCAAGGAAGAAACGUCUGAGAAGUCCGAAAAGGCUGAAAAGACUGAAAAGGAUGAAGAAGAUGCCCCAGAGUCACCAGACGUACACUUUGAGCCAGUUGUUACCUUGGAGAAGGUCGAUGUUAAGACCAACGAAGAAAACGAAGAAGUGCUAUUUAAGGUCAGAGCCAAACUAUUCAGAUUCGAUGGUGAAGCGAAGGAAUGGAAGGAAAGAGGUACUGGUGAUGUGAAGUUUUUGCAACACAAGGAAACUAAGAAGGUGAGACUUUUGAUGAGAAGAGAUAAGACUUUGAAGGUUUGUGCCAAUCAUAUAAUUGCUCCAGAGUACGUCUUGAAGCCAAAUGUUGGUUCUGACAGAUCUUGGGUUUACGCAUGUACUGCUGAUAUCGCCGAAGGUGAACCAGAAGCUUUCACUUUUGCCAUCAGAUUUGGUAACAAAGAGAACGCCGACAAGUUCAAGGAAGAAUUCGAAAAGGCUCAAGCUAUCAACAAGAAGGACUAA